CAAUAACAAAAUAUAAUGUUUAAUUCUUGCAACGGCUGGGAAAACUGUAACUUUCCCAGUGCUGAAAAUAAUUUCUAUGGCGACGAUGCCAGCUGCUUCUAUGAGCCAGACAUAAAACCACAACAACAACAACAAGAACAGCAACAGCAACAAAACCCGUCUAAUGGCUUAAUCUAUGGCUGUAGGCCCAUUAAUGAGCCUGCCGUAAACUUCAAUAAUGGUGGCUUCUACAAUAUGCCCGCACCACCAACGCCAGCCUAUGCAGGCGGCGGUGUUGCGGCUGGCGGCCUGUACAACGGCUGCUCGAGCCUGGAGCUGUCGCCGUCGAUGUCGCGCUUUCAUCCUUACCAGCGGCAGGCAUCCGAUUUUUGCCAGUUCUCGCCGGGCUAUGGCCGGCAGUCGGGCAUACCCUAUGCACGUCCCGGUAUGCGGCUGCUCAACCUGGCUACGCCGUGUCGUGGCAAUCAGCCCUGGGGCUAUGAGCAUUGCUAUGGCUAUGGACCGAGUCAACCGGAGCCCUGUCAAUUUACGCAGUUUGUGGAUAUUGAGGACUUUAUGAAUAAUGAAAAGCGCAAGGAAAAGUCACGAGAUGCGGCGCGUUGUCGUCGCUCCAAGGAGACCGAAAUAUUUAUGGAACUUUCUCAGGCAUUGCCGCUGAAGCCCGACGAUGUCAAUCAGCUGGACAAGGCAUCAGUGAUGCGCAUUACAAUUGCCUAUCUGAAAAUACGACAGAUGCUCGAGUUUGUACCCAAUAUACGUGAGCUCAUCGACAUGGCCGACGGGGAUGCGACUGCGACACUAGUGAAGCCCAAGGUGGAAAACGAUAGCGAGGAUUGGCUUAAGUCCGCCGAGGCUAGUCAACUAUUGAAGCAGACAAUGGAUGGCUUUUUGGUGGUGCUAUCCAAUGAGGGCGACGUCACCUACGUCUCGGAUAACAUUAUAGAUUAUCUGGGCAUAACAAAGAUUGAUACACUGGGCCAACAGAUCUGGGAGUAUACGCAUCAGUGCGAUCAUGCCGAGAUCAAAGAGGCGCUUAAUCUUAAACGCAAUGGCAUUGCCGACAAGAUCAAGGAUGAGCAGCUAAUCGAAUCGGGCGUUAGCACACAUCAUCGCGAUCUGUUCGUGCGCAUGAAAUGCACCCUAACCAGAAGCGGGCGCAGCAUCAAUAUCAAGAGCGCCUCCUAUAAGGUUAUACACAUAACCGGCCAUUUGCGCGUCAAUAGCAAAGGCGAGCGUGUGCUCAUUGCCAUUGGUCGACCCAUUCCGCAUCCCUCGAACAUUGAAAUACCGCUGGGCACCAGCACAUUUCUGACCAAGCACAGCCUGGACAUGAAGUUCACCUAUGUGGAUGACAAAAUGCUCGCACUGCUUGGCUAUCUGCCUGGCGAUCUUCUCGAGACGUCGCUUUUCGAUUGCCAGCAUGGCGCUGACUCGGAGCGUCUGAUGGCCACCUUUAAGAGCGUGCUGAGCAAGGGACAGGGCGAAACGUGUCGCUAUCGUCUACUGGGCAAAUUUGGCGGCUACUGCUGGAUCGUGACGCAGGCGACGAUUGUUUACGAUAAGCUAAAGCCGCAGAGCGUUGUCUGCGUUAAUUAUGUCAUUAGUAAUCUUGAGAACAAACAUGAGAUUUAUUCACUUGCACAACAAACGGCGGCAAGUGAGGAACAGGAAAACAAGAAACAACAGCAACAACUAUCUGAAACUAACAACAACGAAACAACAAACAACACUGCAACAGCAAUUGAUAAACAAGGUGAAGCAGAAGCAACAACAACAACAGCAACAGCAACUGCAACUGCAACUGCAACUGCAACUUUAGAGCUAGCGGACAAACCCAAAGUGAAUGAAACUGCAAGCGAAAAAGCAACAAUUGAAGCAACAACAACUGCAAACACUGCAACAGCAACAGCAGCAACUGCUGCUGCAACUAACCCACCAGCAACAACAACAACCACAGCAAGCAACACCACAAAAACCUCACUUUUAGAUAUAAUAACGAAAUCAAAACAACAACAAGUGCAACCUGAGCUGCUUAUCAAACGUGAAAACAACUCACCUGGGCCGCGCACCAUCACCGCUCAGCUUCUUAGCAAUUUGCGUGUCAACAACAACAACAACAACAACAACAACUGCGACAACAACUGCGACAACUUGCUGGCACGCGAAGAGAAACGUCCCAAAUCGGUGACCGCCUCGCUCAUACGCAGCACACCGCCCGCCGCUGUGUGCAAGAAAAAUUUUGUUGCAGCCACGCUGCAAACGCUGCCGCCGACAACAACAACAACAGCUGCCAUACUACACUCCAGCAAUCAACAGCAGCAGCAGCAACAAUUGCAACAGCAGCAACAGCAACAACAAGCACAAGAUAUGAAUAAAGGAUUCUUAUCAUUCGUUGAUGAUGGCCGAGGCUUAACAAUGCUGAAAGAGGAACCGGAUGAUUUGUCGCAUCAUUUGGCCAGCACCGCCUGCAUACAGCUGGAUGAGAUGCCGCCCUUUGGCGAGAUGCUGGGUCUCAUGAGCUCCUGUUUGCUGCCCGAUGAUAUCAAUUCCUUGGACUCGACCACCUGCUCGACAACAGGCAGUGCACCGCUCUAUCACAAUAACAACAACAACAACAACAACAACAGCAACAACAACAGCAACAACAAUAGCAGCAGCAACAGCUACAAUAGCAAUCGUCAGAGUUUAAGCACAGCAGCAAAUCAGCAACUGCAGCAGCAGCAACAGCAAUAUCAACGGCAGCAGCAAUUGCAGCAACUGCAGCAGCAGCAACAGCAAUAUCAACGGCAGCACCACAGCAACAGCAACAGCAGCAGCAGCAACAUUGAUCCGCUGUUCAAUUAUCGCGAUGAAUCGAAUGACACCAGCUGCUCACAGCAUUUGCACUCGCCCAAGACACCCGAGGACAGCAGCUUGCCCUCGCUGUGCAGCCCGAACUCUUUGACCCAGGAGGAGGAUUUCUCAUUUGUCGAUUAUGAUAUGCGUGCACCCUAUAUAGCCAUGGACGAUGAUAUGCCGCUGCUCACCGAGGGCAAUGUCAUGUGGGGCUCUGAGGUGGACAGCAUGCAAGAGCAUUUGCAACAAUGGCAGCAGCAGCAGCAACAGCAGCAGCAACAGCAGCCACAACAGCAGCAGCAACAGCAGCCUGCCUCCACAGUGUCCUCGCUGUCGCCGUCGCCCGUGCAGCAGCAUCAACAGCAGCAACAUUCAAAUGUUUUUAGCACCGGCUCCAGCGAGCUGGCAGCAAUGCUUUGCGGCAGCGGCAGUGGCACGCUCUCAAUUUUGGACAAUGCCUCGAUCGAGGAUCGUUUGCAGCAGCAGCAGCAAGACUUUCGCAGUUUCCAGCAGUUGCAACAGCUGCAGCUGCAAGAGGAGGAGCAACAGCAACAGCAGCAACAGUUGUUGAGCCUCAGUAUUGAGUGCAAAAAGGAAAAAUAUGAUGUUUCAUUGGCCGCCAGCUUAUGUCAUUCGAUUGAAGAUGCAUUUGAGAAUGAUUACAUCAAAGAUUCCAACAAUUUGGAUGGCUGGCCCGAUUUUCUGCAAAUCAAUGUGGCUGAGGCCAGCAACAGUCCCGCAGUUUCACCAGCGACAAGCAAAGUGUCACCAUUGCAGCUGCUGCAGCAGCAACCCUUGCAGCUGCAACAGCCACAGUUGGAGCAGCAGCAACAGCAACAACAGAAUAUCAUAUUGAAUGCAGUGCCAUUGAUAACCAUACAAAGCAGCAAGACAAUGUUGCAACAGCAACAGCAACAGCAGCAGCAGCAGCAACAACAACAGCAGCAAUCAGAGGAGGAGUUGCAGGAGCUGGUAGUGUCGGGCAAGUUGCCCGCCAUGAGGCUAUUGAGUGGCACCAAGGCAACCAUACGCGUGGUGGAAAGCAAGGCCACGCCAACAACAAAGGCAACGUUGCUGCAAACAAUGUUGCCACAGCAGCAACAACAGCAACAGCCACAUGGCAGCAAGCGUCAUUUAAACAGCCAAUCUGCUGCAGAUUCGAAACGCCUGAAGAGCGGCACCAUGACGCUAGAGGUGCAGUCGCCUCAGCUGCUGCAGCAGCUGAUGGGCAAGGAGCAACAGCAACAGCAGCAGCAGCAACAACAGCAGGCAAACAAGCGGCAUGCAAGCGAACGCUGGUCCACGACAGCUGAUGCCAAGCAGCAGAAACAGCAUCAGCAGCAGCAGCAGCAACAGCAACAACAACAACAACAACAGCAACAACAACAAGAACAGCAACAAUCAGGCUCCGUGCUAAAGAAUCUGUUGAAUGACCGUGCCGUGCCCAUGACCAUUGACGACAACUCUCUGGACCAGGUGGUGACGCCCAGCCUUGCAUUGGGCAGUGCUGUCAAGUAUACGAUGACGAUGCCCAGCCACACGACGACAGCGACGGUUUUGCGCAACUAUCGCAACAAUCCACUGAUCAGUGGCACCAGCUUGCAGAUGUCGCCGGUCUUUCCGAGCUGCGAUGCCGCCAACGUCAGUUGCGAUAAUGAUGCCAGCUCGGUGGCCUCUUUAGAUGAUUUCAUGCCGCCGGCACUGACUGCCUGCGACACGGAUGCCUCCAGUGACAGCGGCAUCGAUGACAUCAGCCUGGUCGAGACGGGUAUGGCCAGGAGGUCGCUGCAAAAUAAGCGCGAGGCAGCGCCCAUGGAUGUUGCCUCAGUGCCGCCAGCACCGCCGCCGCAGUGCGAGGAGGAUAUCAAUGAUCAGAUGGAGACAAUUAGCAGCAAUGCGACCAGUCGCAAGUCUUCAAUAUCCUUCAUAGACAGCAGCAAUCCGCUGCUGCGCACACCCUACCUAAUGGAUCUAUGCAAUGACGACUACAGCUUCGAGUUCACCAACAGCCAACUGGACGCGGGGCUCAGCUACCUGGAGAUGCCCUAAACGCCUCCAUCAUUAGGCGGAGCAUUGCAUUUUAAUUUACGUAAGCAUCAUUUUGUUUUCUAGUUGGGUUUUGCUUAUUUUAGCAUUUACAGCGCGUGGGUAUGGAAAAUUUAACAGAAGUAAAAUUAAAGCAUAAAUAAAAGAUUCAUUUUUGAGCCUUGCGUAAAUGUGAAAAUUAUCAAUGUAGCCAACGACCGCGCUCCGAAAAACAACCGCACGACACACACAAAAACAGGAAUGGUAAAAAUAUUUUGAAUAGUUUUGUAGCAACUUUAACUGCCUAGAACAGAUGAAUAUACAUGUAUGUAAUUUAGUCGUAAUGUUUCUACAUGCAACAAAAAAGUUGAGAAGAAAAACCCAAAAACCACAAAAAAAAAAAAAUAAAUAAAACAAAUAAAAACAUUACCGAAAUAAGUUAAAUUCGUACACAAGCAACA